UUAGCCAACUAGCUAGUACAUUCUCCGAGAGCGGUGUGGUACAGCGCUCUGUUUCUGUCGUGUAGUUCGGUAGUUAUACUUCAAAACAUCCUUUUCUUUUUAGUUCUUCUUUUGUUCCUCUUUUUGUACAGCAAAAAUCUUCAAAACUGAGGUUGCCCCGGUAAAGCCCGGUUUUCCCCACCCCGCCCUUUGAUUCUUAUUCUUUCGAAGAUUCUUCGUUGUCAAGCCGCCAAAGUGGAGAGUGUGAUUGCAGAAGGGGGUGCUUCUCGUGUCAGUGCUUCUUCGGGCGGAGGAGGAGGUAGGGGUGCACCUCAGCACUAUCCCAAGACUGCCGGCAACAGCGAGUUCCUGGGGAAAACCCCAGGGCCUAGCGUUCAGAGAUGGGUUCCUUCACGAAGCACUAGACGAGAUGUCGACUCCUCCAAUGAAAAAGAACAUCAUGAUGCAAUAUUUAGAAAAGUAAGAGGGAUACUUAAUAAACUGACCCCUGAAAAGUUUGACAAGCUAUGCCUUGAGCUCCUCAAUGUGGGUGUAGAUUCUAAGCUUGUCCUCAAGGGAGUCAUCUUGCUGAUCGUAGACAAAGCCCUAGAAGAGCCAAAAUACAGCUCACUCUAUGCCCAGCUAUGUCUGCGUUUGGCAGAGGAUGCACCAAACUUUGACAGCCCACCAGAGAUUCAAACCACUCAAAAGCAGAGCACAACUUUCAGAAGACUUCUGAUCACCAAACUCCAAGAUGAAUUUGAGAACCGCACCAAAAAUGUUGAAAUCUACGACAAAAAAGACAGCCCUCUCACUUCUGAGGAAGAGGAGCAGCGUGCCAUUGCCAAGAUCAAGAUGCUCGGAAACAUUAAAUUCAUUGGGGAACUUGGCAAACUUGAUCUCAUCCAUGAAUCUAUCCUUCAUAAGUGCAUCAAAACACUUUUGGAAAAGAAGAAGAGAAUACAGCUCAAGGAUAUGGGGGAGGAUCUGGAGUGCCUCUGUCAGAUAAUGAGAACUGUGGGGCCUAGACUCGAUCAUGAAAAAGCCAAGUCUUUAAUGGAUCAGUACUUUGGCCGUAUGCAAUCCUUAAUGAACAACAAGGACUUGCCAGCCAGGAUUCGUUUCCUACUGCAAGACACAGUGGAGCUGCGAGAGAACAAUUGGGUUCCUCGCAAAGCCUUUAUCGACAACGGACCAAAGACGAUUAACCAGAUUCGUCAGGAUGCAGUGAAGGAUUUGGGUGUCUUCAUUCCACCCAUGUAUCAGGGAAUGAGAAUGGACUUCUUUCUAGAAGGACCUUUCAUGCCAGCCAGGAUGAAACUGGACAGAGAAACUCUUGGAGGAUUGGCUGACAUGUUUGGACAGAUGCCUGGCAGUGGAAUAGGAACUGGUCCAGGAGUAAUCCAGGAUAGAUUCUCCCCAACUCUGGGACGUCAUCGUACAAACCCACUCUUCAAUGGACACAUGGCUAACCCACCACAGUCACAGUUUGACUUGGCCAUUAAGCCUUUUAUGAAGUCUAAUCAGGGACAGAAUCAACAUUUUCACAGCCAAAACCAGAACCAUUCCACCCAGCAGCAAGUUCAGUCCAAGGACAUGACCCCUCGCUUCAAGAAGGGGCAGCUGAAUGCAGAUGAGAUCAGUCUGAGACCGGCGCAGUCGUUCUUGUUGAAUAAGAACCAAGUGCCAAAGCUGCAGCCUCAGAUCCCCACUAUGAUGCCACCCAGUGCUCAGCCUCCCCGCACUCAGACACCGCCACUCGGACAGCCUCCACAGCUUGGUCUGAAAACAAAUCCUCCUUUGAUCCAAGAGAAGCCUCAGAAGACCAGUAAGAAACCUGCACCUUCCAAAGAAGAACUGCUAAAAAUGACAGAAACCAUAGUGACGGAGUACUUGAACAGCAAGAACUUGGAGGAUGCAGUAAAUGGGGUGAGAGAUAUGAAGGCUCCUAAACAUUUCCUGUCAGAGAUGAUAAGUAAGAUCAUUCUGUGCUCUCUGGAGCGAUCUGACGAGGAUAAGGAACAGGCCAGCACUCUCAUUCACUCCCUGCGCACAGAAGGACUCGUCACAGGAGAGAACUUCAUGCAGGCUCUGCUGAAUGUGCUGGACCAGUGUCCUAAGAUCGAGGUUGAUAUCCCGCUGGUGAAGUCUUAUUUGGCCCAGUUUGCAGCCCGGGCGGUCAUUACAGAGAUGGUCAGCGUUGCAGAGUUGGCUCACCCUCUGGAGAAUGGCACCCACUUCCCCCUCUUUCUGCUCUGCCUGCAGCAAGCAUCCAAGCUGAAGGAUCGUGAGUGGCUUGCUGACCUCUUCCAGCAGAGCAAGGUCAACAUGCAGAAGAUGCUCCCUGAAAUUGACCAGAAUAAAGACCGUAUGUUGGAGAUUCUGGAGGGGAAGGGCCUAAGCUUUCUCUUUCCCCUCCUGAAGCUGGAGAAAGAGCUUCUGAAGCAGAUCAAAGCAGAUCCUUCCCCCCAGAGCAUUUACAAGUGGAUCAAAGACAACAUUUCACCCAAACUCCACACAGACAAGGGUUUUGUCAACAUUCUCAUGACCAGCUUUCUGCAGUACAUCUCAGCUGAGCUGUGUCUGUCUGAGGGUGACGAGCACCUGUGCACUCCCACUAAAGAGCAGCUGGACCAGGAGAAACAGCUGCUUCUGGCUUUUAAGCCAGUCAUGCAGAAGUUCCUCCAUGACCACACCGACCUGCAAGUCAGUGCCCUCUAUGCUCUGCAGGUGCACUGCAACACAUAUGCCUUCCCCAAAGGUAUGUUGCUGCGCUAUUUUGUCAACUUUUAUGACAUGGAGAUCAUUGAAGAAGAUGCCUUCCUUGCGUGGAAAGAAGAUAUUACCCAAGAAUUCCCUGGAAAAGGAAAAGCUUUGUUUCAGGUAAACCAGUGGCUGACCUGGUUAGAGACAGCUGAGGAAGAAGAGUCAGAGGAGGAGGGUGACUGAGAAACCAGCCAAAGCCUAGAGUCCCAGAGUCAUCUGCUAGAUAGCGAAGCGCUCUCUCUCCGGUCACCCUACUGCAGUAACACAAGCUCUGCCGACACAACACGCUCUGCUGCUAAACCCAUGAAGCAUACAAAACAAAUCAUGAAUUAUCUUAUCUAAGUCUUUUAUGUCUUUGCUAGCAUCAUAGGCUACUUCAGUUACAUCAUGUUUGCUUUAAUAGUUGGCUUCUGCUGUAGAUGUGGGAAUUUGGAAAAUGGUUCACUCAACCGCUAAACUCAAGUAGGCUGAAGUCUUAAUUUUGUUGGCAUAGAAAUAAAUGAUUGGUUUGAUUGCAAUCAUUAUUCUAAGACCUAUGUAUACUGUUUCUAAGGACCCAAAACUGAGUUUUGGUUGAGGGGCUGUCUGACAUUGGUCAGGGCUGUCAGGACAUUUCUCAGUGUUAUCCUAGGAUAAUAGCAGUGUCUGUUGAAUUCAACAUUUAUGAUCCACAAAAUCCAGGAAACUGUAAUUGAUGGUUUUUGUUGCUGUUACCUUUUAGCCGCUGUCCAUUUCUACCUCCUGAAUGGGAAUUUAGUGCAAGGUUAUGAAGAGCGCUCAGGCUACAUUUAUUAUCUUGAAGAAAAAUAAAAUCCAGAAAAUCUGAUGUAAUUUAGAACCUCUUGCACAGCACACUACCUAAUUCCAAGACUUUAUGAAAUUUUUAAAAUGCUUUGCAGGGUGAUUAUUGGAAGAAUCAAAAGAAUCAGCUUGGUGUCAGCUAAAGCCCCUGCUGUCCAACCCUAAGCCAUUGAUGAGAAAAAUAUCUUUAUGAUGACUGAUGUGAUGUGGCCUUUUAUGACCCCACAUGAUGAAUAUUUUAAGCCCCCCCCCCCUUUCUGCAUUUUGGUAUUUGGAAAAAAUGAAAGGCUUUUGCCCUUGUCAAUAAGCAAUGCACAGACCACCUGUUAUUGACGAGUGUUUUAAAUUUAUUUGUGAGGGCUGAGUUGCAUUCGCUUUGCUCCAUAUAAUUUUUUUUUUCUGAGGUGUUCUGCAGCGUUCUAUACGUAAGAAUAUAAAUGGCUCAUGAUCAUGUCAUGGUAAGAUUGUUUUAGUGCUUUGUAUCCUGCACUGUUAUUGCUUAACUUUCAGUAAAGAAACACUUAGUAACCAAAAA